AGGGGCAGGGCCGCGGGGUCCCUGAAAAGUGCGCACCAGGCGGGCGCCACCCAGUCCUGAGCCCACUGUGUGUUCCUUCUCCGCUGCGGUACUAGUCCCGGACCAGGCUCCGCCAUGCCCAAGUGCCCCAAGUGCGACAAGGAGGUGUACUUCGCUGAACGGGUGACCUCUUUGGGCAAGGACUGGCAUCGGCCCUGCCUGAAGUGUGAGAAAUGUGGAAAGACGCUGACCUCCGGGGGCCAUGCGGAGCAUGAAGGCAAGCCCUACUGCAACCAUCCCUGCUACUCAGCCAUGUUUGGGCCCAAAGGCUUUGGGCGAGGUGGAGCUGAGAGCCACACUUUCAAGUAAAUGCAGGUUGUUAAAACCCUCCUGAUCUGCCUAGGCACAUGCCAGGCCUUACCCCCAAACACCACGGGCUCCCAGUGGUCCUCCAUGUCUUCCUUAAUAAACCUGAACCAUUAGAA